UAUCGUAUGAGGUGACGUAAAAGCGUGCAGCGCGUUCGUUCUGCCCCUCCCUCUGCUGUUGUCAACGAGCAUUCUGAUUGGCUGAGGCAUAGAAACGAGUACUCCGAUUGGCUGAGGCAACGAAUCGAGCAGCGUGAUUGGCUCAGGCCUGGAAAAGAGCGUUCGGGGAUCCUCAAUGUACAGGCCGCAGUAGUGCUACCGUUGGAAAAUUAACGAUAAUAAAUCACGACAGAUUCGCGGGGAUCCGAAACUCUUCAACGCUCCGAAGGCAGUCGCGGAGCAGGUAAAGCGUUUUGGAUUUGUGCGACAGACACUUUCCUCCCAGAUGCCAGAUUCACAGAUUUGCUUAAUGUUUGUGAUGCUUUUACGUGAAGGGAACUACUGUCAAAUGUGAAGGAUUGUGGAACAGUCGCAGAUAAUGGAUCAAGGUGGAGGGAUCCUGGAGCUUCACAAGGAUUUAAAAAUGCCCCAUACAAUGAUAAUGCCAGAUUUUGUCGCAGGGAUGGGAGGCCUGGCCCACAUUGACGGCGAUCACAUCGUGGUGUCGGUGCCGGAGGCCGUGAUGGUGUCGGAUGUGGUGACGGACGAGGGCAUCAUGCUUGAGACUGGCCUGGAGGCUGAGGUGGUGGAGGGGCCAGACAUCUGCCACGAGGACGUCAUCACCACCGAGGGCGUGAUCAUGUCCGAGUCCAUGCUGGGGGCCGAGGUGGCCAUCCAAGAGGCUCUGGGUGGCACCGCUGACCUGAUCGAGGAGACGGUGCCGGAUCAGGUGUUUGUGGCCGACCUCAUAUCUCCUCAUGAUCAGAGCCCACUGGACCACGACCUGGUGUCCGCAGAGGUCAUGGUGACAGACACGGAGACGGUCAUUCAGGCACACGACGCCAUGCCGUCUGACGUCACCAUUAAAGCAGAUGACGAUGAGGAGGACGAUGAGGAGGAGGAGGAGGAGGAGGAGGAGGAGGAUGCGAAGAGCACUUCAGAGGACUACCUCAUGAUUUCCUUGGAUGAGGUUGGGGAAAAGCUAGACAUUGGAGACGCACCUUUAAAGAUCACCGCAGAUGUGGGCCAGGACGACGACGGCUCGAAAGAGGAUGAGUUCAGCUCAGAGGUCAUUAAAGUUUACAUCUUUAAGGCAGAUGGAGAUGAAGAUGUGGAAAUAGGCAGCACAGAGGUGGUGGCAGAGAGUGAUUUUCCCAAUGGGCACACGGUGCUGGAGCCGGCGGGUUCAGGCAGGCUGCCCAGAGAGAAGAUGGUCUACAUGGCGGUAAAGGACGUCAGCCAAGGAGAGGAGGAUAUCAACUGUUCAGAGAUGACUGACCAGGUGUAUAUGGAGGUCAUAGUUGGGGAGGAAGAAGCUGCUAUCACUGAAGCGCAGCUGGAGGACACACCGGUUAACAAGACCUUUGUUCCUGCUGCCUGGGCGACUGCUUAUGGAAGCAGUCUUGAAAGUAAGAAUGGUGCAGCCACUCCCUACCUACAGAUCACUGACAGCAUCAGCACAAGCCGAGCACUUAAACAAAAGAUCAAGAAGAAGAGGAGAGGAGAGACACGCCAGUGCCAGACAGCUGUAAUCAUCGGUCCCGACGGGCAGCCCCUGACCGUCUACCCCUGCCACAUCUGCGGCAAGAAGUUCAAAUCACGGGGUUUCCUGAAACGCCACAUGAAGAAUCACCCGGACCACAUGUUCAAGAAGAAGUACCAGUGCACCGACUGCGACUUCACCACCAACAAGAAGGUGAGUUUCCACAACCACCUGGAGAGCCACAAGCUGAUCAUCAAGAGCGAGAAGAUCCCGGAGUACACCGAGUACACGCGGCGCUAUCACGAGGCCAGCCCGCUCAGCUCCAACAAGCUCAUCCUGCGCGACAAGGAGCCCAAGCUGCAUAAGUGCAAGUACUGCGAGUACGAGACGGCCGAGCAGGGCCUCCUCAACCGCCACCUGCUGGCGGUGCACAGCAAAAACUUUGCGCACGUCUGCGUCGAGUGCGCUAAAGGCUUCCGGCACCCGUCGGAGCUCAAGAAGCACAUGCGGACGCACACGGGCGAGAAGCCCUACCAUUGCCAGCACUGCGACUUCCGAUGCGCUGACCAGUCCAACUUAAAGACUCACAUAAAGAGCAAACACGGCACCGACCUGCCCUUCAAGUGUGGCCACUGCCCGCAGGCCUUCGCCGACGACAAGGAGCUCCAGAGGCACACGGAGAUCUUCCAGGGCCACAAGACUCACCAGUGUCCACACUGCGAACACAAAAGCACCAACUCCAGCGACCUGAAGCGCCACGUCAUCUCGGUGCACACCAAAGACUUCCCGCACAAGUGCGACGUGUGCGAGAAGGGCUUCCACAGACCCUCCGAACUGAAGAAGCACGCUGAAACGCACAAGGGGAAUAAAGUGCACCAGUGCAGGCACUGCGAUUUCAAGACGUCGGACCCCUUCACGCUGAGCCGCCACAUUCUGUCCGUUCACACCAAGGACUUGCCGUUUAAGUGCAAGCGGUGCAAGCGCGGAUUCAGGCAUCAGAACGAACUUAAGAAGCACAUGAAGACGCACAGCGGUCGCAAGGUUUAUCAGUGCCAAUAUUGCGAGUACAACACUACGGACGCUUCGGGUUUCAAACGGCACGUCAUUUCCAUCCACACUAAAGACUAUCCGCACAGGUGUGACUAUUGCAAGAAGGGUUUCAGGCGGCCGUCGGAAAAGAACCAACACAUAAUGCGGCAUCACAAGGAAACCCUGCUAUAACGCUCUUUCUUUCUGCUCCACAGCUACAUGUGUCAUUUACGGCCCUCUUAUUUAAUGCAGUGGUUCUUGACUCCAGUCCUCGGGACCCACUGCUCUGCACAUUGUGUACAGAGCGGUGCUUAGAAGGUUCUUCACAGCGAUGCCAUAGAAGAACCAUUUUUGGUUCCACAAAGAACCAUUCAGUCAAAGGCUCUUUAAAAAAAACACCUCUUUAUAAUCUGAAGAACCUUCUUUUGCCACAAAUAACCUUUUGUGAAACAGAAAGGUUCUUCAGAUGAACCAUUUAGACAAAAAAAGGUUCUUCUAUGGCAUCAUGAAGCACCUUUAUUUUUAAGAUGUAUGUCUCCCUUAUUUAACGCACCUGAUUCAGAUCAUCAGCUCGUUAGGAGAGAGAUCCGUGAACUGAACUGAGUGCGUCAGAUAAGAGAAACAUACAAAAUGUGCAGAGCAGUGGGUCCCGAGGACUGGAGUUGAGAACCACUGAUUUAAUGUGUAAAGAAACAUAAAUCACAGCCGAGGCGGGUAGAAGUGGCUAACAGUAUGGUCUUGGUCAAAAUGAUCAUGUCACACCUCUCACGGUCUUUGAAGAAAACAGUCAUUCAGGGUCUCAGAUGCCUAUAUUUUUAUACCCACUUUGCUUAAAUGCUGUUAGCAAAUUGUAUCCUCUAUAUUAAAGGAAUAGUUCACCCAGAAAUUAAAAUGUGCUCGCCCUCAUGUUGUUCCAAACAUCAUCUCUAGAGGAUAAAAGGCGUUUCGCAGAAGGUUCUUUCAUUAACUUAAUAGCAUCUACUGACCAGUGUCCGUCAGGCUUCAAAAAGGAUGAAAAAGCACCAUAAACAUAAAAGUAGACAUUGUGCACUUUUUGUGUUCAUUUUGGACUUUGAGAGCUUCUGGUCACUGUAAACGUUUGUAUGGAAAAAGCAGUGCAGUGAUUUUGUGCUCCGUGGAAGAAAAUGGCAUGGGUUUGGAAUGACAUGAGGGCGAGCAAAUUAUAGUAGUUUUCUUUUAUCGGUGAUAUAUUCUUGGUCAGAGCAUCAUGAUAGACCUUAGUCAGGAUAGACGACACAAAAUGAGGCUAAACGUACAGUCUUUAUAAUGGCAUGCACUUUAUAAACCUAGAUCGCAUGUCAUCUGAAAGCCGUUUAAUGAAGUUUUUUGUCUACUGAAAGACGCUUCAUCAGCUGUACAAUCGGUCUGUUGUUAAACACCAUCACAGUCUACUGAUUCCUCACUAAUUAAAUCCGGCGCUGUCCUGACUAAAGUCUAUCGGGACAGACAAAAGUUUUCUCUCCAAAGUCAUUCAAUCGUUUGAUGUAUUUUACCAGCUUGUAUGUCCAGGUUUUACUGUACCUUUUACUGUUUUUUACCCAUCAUGAUGUUACGUUGAGCAGUUCUGUUGUGGUAUCUGAAACUGUACGAUUUAAACCAGUGCGUUGUUCCAGCAUCUGCUCUCUGCGGUCCCGGUGUCUUCGGCCUUCCUCAACGUUGUGAAUACCACUACAAAAUUCAAUGUUUGUGUAAAAUGAAACGUUAACAAUACGGCAAACGUGCACAUACUGCCAAUUAUUUCUGAUCUGUUGAGUCAUGCCUUACAUGUAUAUUUUUUGCACUGAAUUGAGUAAGUAUGAAUCGAUUGUGAAUAUUUUUAACAAUUUUCAGUUACGCUAUAAUAGAUGUAUACAUUAACAAAUGCAAAUCACAUUAAGAGCACCUUUUGCUUUUAUAAUGUCACUUUGAGUUAUUUAUUUUUAGCGGGUGGGCAAACGUAGACACGACAUCCUAAAGCAGAAGCCAUCCUUCAGCCCCUUCCCAGCAGUACUUGCGUGUAAAAGACCUCAGCGAUUCCUGCCUUGCUCUGUUGAUCGGCGUAGCUAUGACUGUGGUUCACAGCAGCUCUCGUACCACACAGGGUGGAUUUGGAGGGCGGUACUUCCUGUCAGUCAUGUUUUUGUCAGACAUCAUAAUCUGUAAUGCGCAUGUAUAAAAACCUCUGUUAUAAGCUCCUUCUCAGAAGAAAAGGUCUUUUAAGACGUCGCGGUGAAAUUGAAAGAGUGGGUGAUUUGCAACAGCUUUAAAAGACUUAGUUCACAGUAAUUCAGAUUCUAGAAAUUACAAGACGCCGCUUCUAAUGGUUCAUCAUCUGGACAGAUGGAAAUCUCACUGAAGUUACAGCGUAAAUGGAUGUAGUAGAUUUUGCUUUAUUCAUAGUUGAAUUGGUUGUAUUAAGUUAAAACGGUGUUUAACUGAUCAAGUGCUUUCAAAGUAAUCAUACAUUUGAUCCCUGGACUCACUCUCAUUCAUGAACCACAAGGAGAGCGGUGUCUGUGUGUGAAUAAUAACUGUUCUUGCGUGAAUCGAUGCACUGAACAGACGCAGCAGUUCACGCAAUCGUUCAUGAAGGACUCACAGAUGCGUUCCGCUGGUGUUUUGUGAAUGAAGGUUCGUGUCUCUUGAAAUCUUCCAGACUGCAGGAGUUCGUUUGGCAGGCAUCAUGUCAGCGGUCUAGAUAUUGCUGUGUUUGUUAACAUUCUUCAUGCGAAAUAAAAUCCAUGCAUUACAAUUAUUUUCUGACAGGUGGACUACUGCUGAGAAGGAAUCAAAAUAAAUAUUUCUUUCGAAAAGCUUUUUUUGUUUUCAGAAAUGGUUUCACACUCAGGUAUUUCCUUGACGUUUAGCAAAUAGCACUUUUCAGAUGUAAGAAAUUAACACAGUCUAAAUAAAUCAUUCAAGGAAAAUCAUUUUAACCUGCUUAUAAGUGUUGUAUUAUGCCAUUAAAGUGGGUAAUUACACAUAC